AUGGCUUCAUAUGUUUACACAGAACUUCAAGCUAAAGUGGAUGAGUUGAGGUUGGUAUUUUUACAGCCGGGCAGCUACCACGACGCUCUUAGGUGCAAAAUUGCUCAUUAUCCAAUUUUCGAUCCAGUGACACCUAUCAAGGAUGAACGGUUACCUGUCAGCGAACUGCAGAAAACUCUCUCAGAUGGCUGGACAGUGGACCAGACUUUGGAUGGACGAUAUCUGUUCAUGAGUCCACGCAACUCAGGAAUCCCUAAUUCUUGGAAGCACCCAGAUGCCGGUUAUAACGUAAAAGCGUAUGAGCUGCCGAAGCGUUCUGCUGAAGAUAGCUUCUCGUGGCACGUACCUCCAUAUGAGGCCUUGUCUUAUUGCUGGGGGACCAAUGACAACGAAGAAUACAUCCACGUUACCAACCCAGCCGAACCCCUUCAAACAUCAUCCUAUUUACGGAUCCGGGAUAAUCUCGCCACAGCAUUAAGGCAUCUUAGAUAUCCUGAUCGGGAGCGCACAUUUUGGGUCGACGCUAUCUCUAUCAACCAAGUCAAUCUUGGUGAACGCGGCCGACAGGUUAAGCAAAUGAGUCAGAUUUAUCCUCGUUCCGACAAUGUUAUAAUCUGGUUAGGCAUCGAGUCCGAAGACAGCACACAUGCGCUAGAGACGUUGAAUUAUUUCAGCGAACAGGUGGAAUACGUCAUCUCUCAUCGAUGGGGCGAUGCACCAAACGCGCAGGAGCGCGACUGGUGGCGAGACGGGUACGCACUGCCCUAUGAAAAGAAGAGCUGGAAAUCAAUCUUGUCGCUGCUGAAUCGGCCGUGGUUUGAAAGAGUCUGGGUUCUGCAGGAAGCUCUUUCGUGCGACCGAGUGCUACUUCAGUGUGGGCGAGACAACAUUCCUUGGGUCAAUGUGCGCAAAGCAUUGCUGGUUUUCAGACAGAAAACAAGCAUAUUACCGCCUGAAAUCAGGGAUCGCCUCCUCCCAUAUGCACGAGGCUUGAUGGCACCACCGCUUGCUUCAACUGAGCACUUACUCCUCUGGACGCGAAAUCAGAGAUGCACAGACCCUCGAGACAAGAUUUAUGGAAUCUUGGGCCUUCUAGAUCCUAGAAUUGUUGCCAAGAUUGAGGUAGACUAUUCAACUCCUGUCUGGAAGACAUACUUGCAGCUCGUAUUAGCUGAGAUGGAAGUCUACCAAAAAUUGAAUAUGAUCAACCACUGCAACAUUACAACGCGCUGUGAGGGAUAUCCAUCGUGGGUGCCAAACUUGGCUCAGCCAAUUGAAGGUGCAAAUACAGGAUAUUUGAGCAUUCGAAGAUUUCAUGCCUCCGCACGUUCCAGCGCUGUUGCAAACCUCAUCGAGCCAGAUUAUCAUCUGCAAGUCGCUGGAAGGCGUGUUGCCACCAUCACUUGUGUAGGCCGUAACUUGAGUGGUACAUUUGCAGAAGUCAUCGACGAGAUCUUUCAUUGGGCCCCUAAAAAGCCAGAAAGCGAGAUAUACGUCUCAGGAGGGCUUUCCAUUGAUGCAUAUGUUGAAGUGCUAGUACGUGGCAGAACCAGCGACAGAGCUCUGGGCGAUAACCCGUGCCCAUCUAUUAGGCGGCUUAGAGAGCUCUUGCGUCAACUACUAGCUAGUGCUGAACUUGAUGACGAAGUGGCACGUGGAUUCAAAGACUGCUUUUUCGCGAAUGAAAGCCUCUUUUCUACUAGAGAGGGGUACCUGGGUGUUUCCGCAAAAGGCCUUCGUGAAGACGACGAAAUAGCUGUGAUUCUUGGAUGCGACUUCCCAUUGAUCCUACGACCUAAAGGUUCCAACAAAUACGAGGUCGUUGGGCCGUGCUUCGUGCAUGGGCUGAUGCUCGGCGAGGCCUUGAAGCCGCCACUGGAGCCGCCUUGGAAAGAUGUCCUGCCUGUCACCCGAGGCUGGGCGCUACCAUACUUGAUCAACACAGACACAGGCGUGCUGUUGAAGAGUGAUCCACGGCUUGGAUUGUUACCUACUGGUUGGGAAGAGGUGACGUCGCUCGAUCCUUUUUUGCCACCUUUCGUAUUCGAGAAUAAAGAGAAGAGAGACAUCAGCAUGAAUGAUCCGAGGAUGUCAGCAGAAGCUAUCAAGAGAAGAGGCAUAGAACUGGAGACUUUAGAGUUAAUGUGA